AUGCUCAUAUUCCGCCUCCACAGUGUCAAUGCCGUGGCGCCUGUUCAAUCGCUACCACCACGACAGCUCGAUCCAACCAAAUCGUUGACGCCUUACGAAUUGGCUCGUGAGCGAUUGCACGUUUCGGCUAUACCUGAUUCUUUGCCUUGCCGAGAAGAGGAAUUCGCUACAAUUAUGGGUCACAUUGAAACGGCAGUCGAAGAAGGCACCGGAAGUUGUAUUUAUAUCUCCGGGGUUCCUGGUACGGGCAAAACGGCCACUGUACUAGAAGUGAUACGCCACUUGCAAUAUAAAUCAGAGAUCAAGGAAUUACCUGAAUUUGAUUUCGUUGAAAUCAACGGUAUGAAACUAACUGAUCCUGCUCAAGCUUAUACCGUGCUUUGGAGCUGUUUGCCUGGAAAUCAGACAAAGCGAGUGACUUCCAAUCAUGCCUUGGAACUUUUGGAAACCAAAUUCGGGGAAGAAGAUGGACGUCAGAAAACAACGGUGGUCUUGAUGGAUGAAUUGGAUCUCUUGGUCACGAAAAAGCAAUCUGUCAUGUAUAAUUUCUUUGACUGGCCCAAUCGUCCUUAUUCUAAGCUCAUCGUCGUAGCCGUGGCCAAUACCAUGGACUUGCCGGAAAGAAUGUUGAGCAACAAAAUCUCAAGUCGCAUGGGUCUUACUCGUAUCAAUUUUCAACCUUACACACAUCAGCAACUGUAUGAAAUUGUCGAAUCACGAUUAGACGGUAUCGAUGCUUUUGAAAAAGAAGCAGUGGAAUUUGCUGCACGUAAAGUGAGUGCUGUGAGUGGCGAUGCACGACGUGCUUUGGAUAUCUGUCGACGGGCCGUGGAAGUGGUAGAAACACGGAUGAGCGCACCAACCGAUAAAGCCCCCUCCACUCAUGUUACCAUCAGUAUAAUCAACGAAGUAGUCCGUGAAAUGUUUGCUUCUCCCGCUGUGGCUUUCAUUCAGUCGUGUUCAUUACAUCAAAAGAUUUUCCUUGUGACGGUCAUGUCACGCAUACGACGCACAGGUAUCGGUGAAGUGGAAUUUGGCGAUACCGCUCAAUUUCAUACGGAGACUUGUAAAUGGCACCACAUCGAACCACCUACCACCAGCGACCUCAUGCGCAUAUGUGAAACUCUUGGUCAGACUCGCGCUCUCGUGAUUGAAGGCGGUCGCAUGGAUCUUGCUAUGCGCAUCUCACUGAAUCUCAUGGAAGAAGAUAUCAUCAUGGCAUGCAAAAACGAGCCAAUCAUUGGAAGAUUGGUUGCAAAUAUGUAA